AUGAGGUGAGUGAUUUGACAUUUUCUUGUGGAAGAACAAUACUCUUACGAAAUUCAGCGACCAAACGCCUAAAGAUUACUGUUUUUAGACUAUAAUUUAUAAAUCUAGCAAGAAAACUGUUUUUCUCAAAUUUUCAUGAAACAGGAGCCUAAAUUAAAUUCUUUUCAGCAAUCUCCGUCUGCAAAAACGUUUGGCUUCGGCCGUUUUGAAGUGCGGAAAGCACCGCGUCUGGCUUGACCCCAACGAGGUCAGCGAGAUCUCCGGAGCCAACUCCCGCCAGAGCAUUCGCAGACUCGUCAGCGACGGACUCAUCAUCCGCAAGCCAGUCACCGUUCAUUCCCGUUUCCGCGCCCGCCAGUACGAGGAGGCCCGCAGAAAGGUACAUUUUAUUCAGAAAAUACAUAAAUGGCAGAGUUAUUGGUGUCAAUUAUCGAAUAUUUAUAAAAAGAAAACAAUUUUUAACCAUCUCUCUUUGCAGGGACGCCACACCGGAUACGGAAAGCGCCGUGGUACUGCCAACGCCCGUAUGUCCGAGAAGACCCUAUGGAUCCGACGCAUGCGCGUCCUCAGAAACCUUCUCAGAAGAUACAGAGACGCCAAGAAGCUCGACAAGCACCUCUACCACGACCUGUACCUCCGCGCCAAGGGUAACAACUUUAAGAACAAGAAGACCCUCAUCGAGUACAUCUUCAAGAAGAAGUCCGAGAACAAGAGAGCCAAGCAGCUUUCGUACGUUUCCUUUCUAUUUGUAGCUUUAUUUGCGACAUGGAAUCCAGUUCAAAAUGUUCAAUUAUUUUCUUUUCAGUGACCAGGCCCAGGCCAGACGUGACAAGAACAAGGAGAGCCGCAAGCGCCGUGAGGAGAGACAGGUCGUCAAGCGCGCCGAGCUUCUGCGAAAGAUUUCCCAGAGCGAGAAGAUCAUCGCCGGAAAGUAA